AUCAGACCAAUCUCUCUCUUCUUCUUCUUCACGUUCUCUCUCUUUUCAGAUAAGGGUAGAGAUGGCUAGAGUUUGUGUAAUGAUGAUGCUAUUAGCUAUGGCUAUGGCUAUGAACAUUGCUAUGGGUGACCCAAUAGCACCAUGUUACUUCAUAUUCGGUGACUCUUUGGUUGAUAGUGGAAACAACAAUCGGCUUACCUCUUUAGCAAGAGCUAAUUACUUCCCUUAUGGUAUCGACUUCCAGUUCGGUCCAACUGGCCGGUUCUCCAACGGAAAAACCACCGUCGAUGUCAUCACCGAGCUUCUUGGUUUCGAUGACUACAUUACACCGUAUUCCGAAGCAAGGGGAGAAGAUAUCCUGAGAGGAGUAAACUACGCUUCUGCAGCUGCCGGAAUUCGAGAAGAAACUGGCCGUCAAUUGGGAGCUAGAAUAACAUUUGCAGGGCAAGUAGCUAAUCAUGUAAACACUGUGUCACAAGUUGUGAACAUACUCGGAGACGAGAAUGAAGCUGCUAAUUACCUAAGUAAAUGCAUCUACUCAAUCGGGUUAGGCAGUAACGACUAUCUCAAUAACUAUUUUAUGCCUGUUUAUUACUCCACCGGGAGCCAGUACUCCCCGGAUUCCUAUGCCAACGACCUCAUAAACCGCUACACCGAGCAACUCCGGAUAAUGUAUAACAAUGGAGCGAGGAAGUUUGCGCUAGUUGGUAUCGGCGCAAUAGGAUGCAGUCCAAAUGAGCUGGCUCAAAACAGUAGAGACGGGGUAACUUGUGACGAAAGGAUCAAUUCCGCAAACAGAAUCUUCAACAGUAAGCUCGUGUCUCUGGUUGAUCAUUUCAAUCAAAACACACCAGGCGCCAAGUUCACUUACAUUAAUGCUUAUGGUAUCUUCCAAGACAUGGUAGCUAAUCCUUCUCGCUAUGGGUUUAGGGUUACAAACGCGGGAUGUUGUGGAGUUGGGAGGAACAAUGGACAGAUAACAUGUCUCCCGGGUCAAGCUCCAUGUCUGAACAGGGACGAGUUUGUGUUCUGGGACGCGUUUCAUCCAGGAGAAGCUGCGAAUGUUGUCAUCGGUAGUCGAUCUUUUCAGAGAGAAUCUGCUUCUGAUGCUCAUCCUUAUGAUAUCCAGCAGCUUGCUCGGCUCUAGUUGAUGAAAUAUCCUUCACACAACACAGAGAGAAAAGGAGAGGGAGAAAGAUUUAAUCCUUUUUCUUAUUGAAGUGUUUGAUAAUUGUUUCUUUUUGCUGCAGAAGAAUUGUUUGUUUUGUGGAGUUGAUGUAUCAUGGUUCUAUUUCUAUAUAAUGACAUGAAAUUGCUGCUUUCUUAUAGAUGAUUAAACUCAUUUGGAUCUC